AUGGAUGUUUUUGCUGGGUUUUUUGCCAUGCUGAAUCGGAUAAAACGCAACAUUUACCCCGUCCUUGCCGUUAUCACACUUCCGGUGGGAUACUAUGUCGGUAUACAGUUAAGAGAAAAUGCCGACAAAAAGGCACUAUUACAACAAGCCAAUGAAGCGCAAUUGGAGUACUUGCAAAAGCAACGAAUGCAAAUGCUGGAAGAAGAUAAAGUCGUACGCCAAAAAAUAGAACAGUUGAAACAAGAACGCGAAGCAGCGGAAGCGCGGGAAGCUCGAAGAAAGGAAUAUUUUGGGAAAUGA